CAGGCCCGACGAGCAGGAGCGCAGGAGAGGCUCCCGAGGACUUUAAAGUGUGGGGAAGGGAUAUUCGCGAGUCGUGGGCGUGUUUGAGUCGUGUGGGAGUGAACGAGUGUGGGCGAAGGACCUCCGCUCCUCCUCUCCUUCUGCUCCUCCUCCACUCCUCCUGCUGGGCUGCUCGGAUCCUGUGAGAUAAACAUACAAGAUGCGGUGGUUAGGCCUGAGCAUCGUGUUGGUCAUAGCCACCCUCUCAUGGGCUACACAGGAGUGCAAGAACAAACCAACGUGUUCGGAAUGUAUUCAGACACCCAACUGCAUGUGGUGUGGGAAACCUGGGAAUUUCACAAACGAUAAUGGCAAAGGACUGUCAAGGUGCAUCAAGCGAACUGACGAAUUAGCUUCUGAGUGGCGUGUACAGUGUGGCAGUCUGUACAUCGAUGAACCUGGCAACUACUAUGAAAACAUUGUGAACAAUGACCUGACAGCUGCUGGUGUACUGGCAGGUGGAAGUGCCAGUGCCAGUGGCGUAAGCAUUAGUGGCAGCAGUUCUGAAGAAGCUGUCGUGCAAAUCAAACCUCAGAGAGUACAGAUGAAGCUGAGAGUCCAGGAAGCAUACAACAUGCAGGUCACUUUCAGACAAGCUAAGGAUUACCCUGUUGACCUUUACUAUCUCAUGGACUUGUCUAAGUCUAUGGAAGAUGACAAGGAGUCACUCUCCAAGCUGGGAAUCCAAUUAGCCGAUGAAAUGCAAAAGAUCACAAGGAAUUUCAAACUUGGCUUUGGUUCCUUUGUGGACAAGGUUGUAAUGCCUUAUGUCAGCACUGUACCUGAGAGACUCCUUCAUCCAUGCACCAACUGUACUGCUCCAUAUGGCUUCAGGAAUGCCCUCCCACUCACCACAAAUGCCACUGCUUUUGCUUAUGAAGUACAGGAAGCACCAGUGUCAGGUAACCUUGAUGCUCCAGAGGGUGGAUUUGAUGCCAUUAUGCAAGCUAUAGUUUGUCAGGACCAGAUUAAGUGGCGGUCAGAAGCCCGUCGCCUUUUGGUCUUCUCAACAGAUGCUGGUUUUCAUUAUGCAGGAGAUGGCAAGCUUGGUGGCAUUGUGAAACCCAAUGACGGAGACUGCCACCUCAAUAACAAGGGCGAGUACACUCACUCUACUCUUCAGGAUUAUCCUUCAGUCUCACAGAUUAAUCAAGUAGCCAAGCAACACAAGAUGAACUUAAUCUUUGCUGUGACACAAGAGCAGUCGUCUGUGUAUUCUCGUCUUUCCCAAAUGAUCGAAGGUUCUGGACAAGGAGAACUCACUGCUAAUUCCUCCAAUGUUGUUGAGCUGGUCAAGGCUGAAUAUAAUAAAAUCACAAGCAAAGUUGAGCUCAAAGACAAUGCCACCGCCCCAGUGAACAUUCGCUACUUCUCAAAGUGCAUGGGCGGCCCAGUCAAGGAGACCUCGGUGUGCCAGGGACUGAAAGUCGGCGACGAGGUGGAAUUUAGUAUCGAAGUUACCGUUGAGAAGUGCCCUGAGAAUCGUGAGGAUUGGAGGCAGCUUAUUGGCAUUUAUCCAGUCGGUUUGAGAGAGAACCUCACCAUCGAUCUUACAAUGCUCUGCGAUUGUCAGUGCGAACGCCCUGGUGACCCUGGCUAUAUAAUUGGAGCUGAGCAGUGCAACUUCCACGGCACAUACCAGUGUGGAGUUUGCAAGUGUGACGAUGGCUUCUUUGGGAGCAACUGUGAGUGUGGCUCAAACACCCCCUGGGCAACAGGGGACUAUGAUGACUCCAGCUGCCGAGAGAGCAACACAUCAGCCAUAUGCAGCGGCCGAGGCACCUGCACUUGUGGAGAGUGCAAGUGUAAUGAAAGAGAUCAUUCUGAAGAGACUGUAAGUGGAAAGUUCUGCGAAUGCACCAACUUCCUCUGUGAUCGUCACAAUGGACUUCUGUGUUCAGGACCUGAUCAUGGUGAAUGCAUCUGCAAUGAGUGCAAAUGCAAGCCAGGUUGGACUGGAGAGGCCUGUAAUUGUGAAGACAGUGAAGACAAUUGUGUAAACCCUGAUACUGGAGACAUUUGUUCAAACCAAGGAAAAUGUGAGUGUAACCAGUGCAAGUGUUACGAGACAGCUGAUGGCAGAUAUUCGGGCAAAUGGUGUGAGGACUGUCCGACAUGCAAGGGCAAAUGCAUUGCAUACAAGGCGUGUGUACAGUGCCAGGUGUUUGAGACUGGUGAAUUCAACAUCGAGGAGUGCAAAGCCAACUGUACUACUUUCAACUCCACACCUGUACCAGUAGCUGAAGUGGAAAACGAAGGAGAGCGUCUGUGCACCUUCUUUGACGAGAACGAUUGCCGCUUCACCUUUGUUUAUGGGUAUGACGAGUAUAAGGAACCUAUCGUACGAGUGCAGCAGACACUGGAAUGCCCACCAAAAUUAGACAUCCUUGGAAUUGUAUUGGGUGUCAUUGGAGCUAUUGUCGCUGUCGGAUUGGCGUUGCUAAUAAUGUGGAAGGUUCUGACAACCAUCCAUGACAGAAGGGAGUUCGCACGCUUCGAGAAGGAACGCAUGAUGGCCAAGUGGGAUACUGGCGAGAAUCCCAUCUACAAGCAGGCCACAUCAACGUUCAAGAACCCCAUGUAUGGUGGUGGCAAGUAAAAAGCCACUGAGCUUAUGAUCUCAUCGCUAGGUUUGAAUCUCUGCUGAGAAUUAGAGUAAUGAAGAUGGUUGGUAGUAGUCUUGUCAGCAAACUAUAUUGAACAAUCAAUAGCUCUUUUUUUUUAAGAUGUGUUCACAAUGCAUUUUAAUUUAGGUUCUCUUUGUAUCUAAUUCUUUUCAUAUACUUUAUUUUAUUUUAUUUUAUUUUAUUUUUUACUUUUGUUAUUGAUAUGAUGCUUGUAGUUAUAUGCUUCUUUGAGUAUGUAACUGUAACAGUAAUAGUAUUGGUAGAAUAGACUUGCUGGAUAAUCCAGUGUUAAUGUGCCAAUUUUUAGUGAAUGUUUCUUUCAAAAUAAUGUGUAUUAAAUGUGUAUAUAGUUCAUAGUUGGUGCUGUCACCUCUUAAUUCUUCUUAUAUAGUUUUGUCAUAUACUAAAUCCUUACAGGGUUAAGCCCAUUUAUUUUAAUGACUUUAAAACUUUUAUUAUAUGGAGUUCCACAUUUAUCAAGUUGGAACCUGUUGAAAGCUUUACUAAUCUGUUAAAUAUUUACCAAAAAAAAAAAGUAUCUUCAUACACCAAGUCAGAAAGUGUGCUCCAUUUUUAAAUGAUAAAUCUAAACCAUUGCUGUAUUUCCUUCCAUUGUAGUGCCUUUUGCAUUUAUCAUUAUCAGUCUUCACUUAAAAGUGCCUAACAAAACUUUUACUUUUUAUAGUUUAGUAAUUUAUUAGGAAACAUAUGUCGUAUAGGUUCAUAGAAAAUACAAUAUGAAUAUAUAUCCUUCUGCAAUGCUAAAACCAAAGUUUUAAGACAAUGUAAAAGUCUGGAGAUUAUGGCCACAUUGCAGGCAGCUACUUGGUAUUAAGUUUUAAAAUGUGCAAAUCACAAAUAAUUGUAAUAAUUGUUCAAAAUGAUCUUGUAGAAUAUAGGAGCAAAUAUUAAGGGUCUGUAUGGUAACACUGUACAAUUAUUUAAUAAAAUGAAAAAAAGUGUU